CCGACGACUGCAAUGAAGUUGAAGGCAUUGGAGUCGUUGAUGCAAUCGGUGGAUGAGUUUCAGUCACCAAAGGUAUGUUACGAACAGUACUCGACAUCAGUUCACAUCAGUUCCCGAAUGCUGUACACCAUUGACCACACAUUUGACGACUUGAGAUACAAAUGUGUGGCCGAUCUCGGCUGCGGUUCCGGCAGACUGACCAUUGGUUCUGCACUGAUUGGUGCCCAAUAUGUGUUGGCUAUUGACUGUGAUUGGGAUGCCGUCCAACAAAUGGUAGAAAAUUUAGAAGAAUUCGAGAAUAUUACGGCCAGUGUUGACCCGAUUUGUGCCGAUAUUACCGAUGAAGACAUGUGGCAACCGUUUCACAAGCGUUUCGAUACUUGUAUUUUGAAUCCUCCGUUUGGCACAAAAAGAAAUAAAGGAAUUGAUAUGAUUUUCUUGAAAAGAGCUCUUCAGUUGUCAUCAAACGCCGUCUAUAGUCUACAUAAGACAUCCACUCGAGAGCACAUUCUCCGUAAAGCCAAAGAAUGGUCAGUUGAGGCCCAAGUGUUGGCAGAGUUGAGGUUUGAUUUGCCGAAAGUCUAUAAAUUUCACAAACAUUCUUCAGUCGACAUUGAAGUUGACUUUUAUCGCUUCCAACACAAGACACCAACACUUAAAUCACAACAACAAUUAGGUCUUUGA